AAAUAUGACUAACUUUCUCAACUUGAAUCGUACAGGCGACAAAAUUCCUUUAAUUGGUUUUGGCACUGCUCGUAUUACACAGGAGGCUACUCCUGAUGUUGUUUACACUGCUAUCAAAUCCGGGUAUCGUUUAAUUGACGGUGCAUUAUUAUACGGAAACGAAACUCAAGUAGGCCAAGGCAUAAAAAGAGCUAUUGAUGAAGGCAUUGUCAAAAGAGAAGAAUUGUUUGUAAUCAGCAAGCUUUGGGCUUCCUUCCAUAGUAAGGACGACGUAAGACGUUCAUUUAAUGUUACGUUGGGAAAUCUCGGUUUGAAUUAUAUCGAUCUUUAUCUUAUUCACUUUCCUUUUGCUACGGAAUCUGUUGACCUAAGUCUGCCAAUUACCGGCUUCCUUAACAAGGACAACAAGUUUGUUCUCCAACGUACUCCUAUUCAUGAGACUUGGGGGGCUAUGGAAAAUUUGGUGGAUGCAGGCCUUGUUCGUAAUAUUGGACUUUCUAAUUUUAAUGUACAAAGCAUUCUUGAUUUAUUGACUUAUGCAAGAAUCAAGCCCGCCAUCUUGGAGAUUGAGCUUCAUCCUUAUCUUUGGCAAGAACGUCUCAUUACUUGGGUAAAAUCUCAGGGUAUAGAUAUUAUUGCGUAUGCCUCCUUCGGCAACACGGUAUUUGACGAGGUUCCCCCUGCUACUGCUCAUUUGCCUAUUCUCAUGACCCAACCCACGGUAAAAGAAAUUGCUCAGAAGCAUAACCGAAACAAUGGACAGAUACUUUUAUCAUUUGCGGCUCAGCAAAACAUUAUUGUUAUUCCAAAGAGUGCCCAAGAAUCCCGCAUGAAGACCAACUUGGAUUUGUUCUCUUUUAAAUUGGAUGCAGACGAUAUUAAGCAGUUGAAAGCAUUGAAUGUACAUGCUCGCUUUAGCGAUCCUGUACCCAACACUUAUGGUUUUGAUUUACCUAUCUUUGAAUAAAUAUCAUU